ACCACACUGGUUCUCAAACUGCAAAUCCUAUUGCGGUGCUCACAAGCCCCAAACUCAGGGGCCUUGAUUCAUCCUAUGCAAGGAUUCGCUGGAGGAAAAUAUCAGAGUCCUGUGACCUGAGAAAGAAGAAGCAGAAGGCUUGGCAAAGAAGACUUUGUGUAAGGACAAUGGGAGACUGGAAAACCUACAUCAAUACCAUCCUGAAGGAUAAGAACAUAGAAGAUGUCGCUAUUGUGGGUCAUUCUGACAAUAAAUCUGUGUGGGCUUCUAAGCCGGGAGGCCUGCUGGCAGCCAUCUCUCCCCAAGAAGUAGGAGUCAUCACUGGACAGGACAGAAAAGCUUUCCUGCAGACAGGAAUCACCAUUGCUGGAAAGAAGUGCAGUGUAAUCCGUGACUACUUGCUGGUAGAUAAAGAUGCUGUGAUGGACACUAGAACCAAAGGUGGCGAUAGCAGGUCCAUCUGUAUUGGAAAGACGACUAAAGCUCUCAUAUUUCUCAUGGGCAAAAAGGGGGUCCAUGGAGGAGCUCUUAAUAAGAAGAUGCAUGACAUGAUAGCAAGCAUGAAAACAAAAGGCAGUUAG